CGCCAAACAGAAUGAAUAUCAACUUGUCAGCACUUGAGACGAGGGAAGUUUUGAUCCAUUUUUGACAAAAAAAUAGACGCCUUCAACUGAGGACACUACACAAAAGGCUGAACCCAGUUCUCGAGGUCAAGCAACUUUCAGUGCCUGUCGCAUGUUAUCGCGUGGAUUGCGAACGAUGCUCUAUGGGUGCGGACUGAACGUCAGCCGAGCAAUGUCGGGUGAAGCUAGACCCGCCAGAGUUGAGGAGAAGAGCAAAUCUGUGGGCGGAGCAAGGGGGGAUUCCUGUAAAGAUAACAGCCAUGUUAACAGGCUUGUCUGGGUGGAUUUAGAGAUGUCUGGGCUGGAGCUAGAGAGAGACCAGAUCCUGGAGAUGGCUUGUAUUGUGACAGAUGCUGACCUGAAUAUCGUGGCUGAGGCUCCAGACCUCAUUAUCCAUCACCCAGACAGUGUUUUAGAUGCGAUGGGCGACUGGUGCAAGGAGCACCAUGGGAAGUCUGGGCUGACAGAAGCGGUAAGGCAGAGUAAUAUCAGUCUAACCAGUGCUGAGGAUCAGAUGGUGAAGUUUGUAACAGAGCAUGUACCCAAAGGAAGCUGCCCCCUAGCUGGCAACUCCAUCCAUGUCGACAAAGAGUUCCUGAACCGAUACAUGCCACGGUUCAUGAGCCACCUCCACUACAGGAUUGUUGACGUGAGCACAUUGAAGGAACUCUGCAGACGCUGGUACCCUGAUGUGUAUUUACGUUGUCCUCCCAAAGCCCUCAGCCACAGAGCCCUAGAUGACAUCAAGGAAAGCAUAGCUGAGUUGCAACACUACAGGAAAACCAUGCUGAAGUGAGAAUUCCUCCAUCAUACAUCUAGUUUUGUUGUUUUAUUUCAUGUAUCGUGUUUCUCAGUAAAUGAUUUUAAGACGUCUUG